AUGACAAUUUUAAAUGUUAUAUGCGGAACUAUUAUUCAUUCUACUAAAGAAGAUAAUUUAGUAAUAUUACAAGAUGCAGCCAUUGGUUUUCAAGAUAAAAAGAUUGUAUUCUUGUGUAAGAAAGCAGACCUGACUUCAUUAACAAAAGAAUUUAGUUUUUGCAUUAAAAAUGUGGAAUACUUAUCUAAGCGACAAUUUUUAAUACCUGGAUUCGUUGAUACACAUGCACAUGCUUCACAAUAUUCAUAUCAAGGUACUGGAAUGGAUCGAGGCUUGAUGGAUUGGUUAAAUACUUAUACUUUCCCAGUUGAAUCGAAAUUCCAAGACAAACAAUUCGCAACGGAUGUUUAUCAAAAGGCUGUGUCGAGGUUUUUGAAGAAUGGUACGACAACAGCAUCAUAUUAUGGUACUAUACAUACAGAUUGUACACUAGUACUCUGUCGAAUAAUAGAUAAAUUGGGUCAGAGGGCAUUGGUUGGAAAAGUGAAUAUGAAUCAACGGUCCCCAGAUUAUUAUGUAGAAACAACAGAUCAGUCAAUAUCAGAAACUAACAGGUUUGUAGAAGAGGUUUUGAACUUGGAAGUAAAUCUGGUUACACCAUGUAUUACACCACGAUUUGCCCUUUCGUGUUCUCUUGAUUUACAAGAAGAACUUGGAAAAAUAGCUCAACACUAUAACUUACCUAUACAAACACAUCUUAGUGAAUGUUUAACAGAAUGUAGUGAAGUGAAAUCAUGUUAUCCAGACCGUAAACAUUAUAUAGAUGUUUACCAUAAAGCAGGACUUUUAUCUAACCGAACCGUUCUAGCACACAGUAUUUACCUUAGUGACAAUGAACUUCAAAUUAUAAAAGAUAAAAACUGUGGUAUUGCUCAUUGUCCGAAUUCCAAUUUGUCUUUAAGAAGUGGAUUGUUUGAUGCCAGAAAGGUUUUAGAAUUAGAUAUAAAACUUGGUCUAGGAUCAGAUAUUGCAGGUGGAUAUAGUUGUUCCAUUUUGGAUGCUAUACGUUCAAGUGUCGAAGUUUCUCAUACAAUUGCAAUAUUAAAUGAAGGACAAAAUAAAGAGUACAAGCCUAUCAAUUUUAGAGAUUCUUUCAAGAUGGCUACCCUUGGUGGAGCGCAAGUUUUAGGUUUAGAUGAUAAAAUUGGUAAUUUUGAAGUUGGUAAAGAAUUCGAUGCUCUGUUAGUUGAUGUUGAAUUGAAUGACAGUAAUUUUGAUGUCUUUGAAUCUGAUACAUUCGAAGAUAUUUUUCAGAAAUUUAUUUAUUUAGGAGAUGACCGUAAUAUAAAAAGAGUCUAUAUUUCGGGUAGUCAGGUGAAGAUGUAA